AACAUGAGAUUCGCACAUAUCCCCCGCAGUUGAUCAGAACAUGGACGUCAGCCAUCCAAAGCUCCAUCUUUACUCGCUCCCAAAUGAAGUACUCGUUCAAAUCCUCUCCUCCUUCUCGACGCGCUCUCUCAUCCCUUGGGCAAGAGUUUCCUACCGCUUCCACGCCCUGAUCUUACGGAUCCUGCAUUAUCGCCUACUCGUUGGCGCGCCAUUGCAGGAAUACAAGCUCAUCCUAGAAUGCUUUCAUCCAAGCUCUAAGCUAAUUGAGCCUCACGUAUUCUGUACAUAUCUUGGCACAGACGACUUGAAUAGCUACGAAGGGAAUGCAACUCGGAGACUGAGCUCAGUAUAUUCUCGGUUCCGUCCUGAAGUGACAGUAGAAGAAAGGUCUAAUGGAACAAGGCUAGUUCCCGUAACAGACGAUGGGCAAGAUCCCCAUCGGGAUGACUUAGUCGUCACGCGCCCUAUCAAUCUAGAGGAGUUCGAGGAAUUCUUUCAGCUAUGCGUGCUUGUGAAUAUAGUGAAGGUCAUGCCGGGAACGAACCUCCUCCUGAGCGCACACACGGUCGAGGAUGGGGUAAUCAGAGUGUUUCGGGAUUGGUUGAGGGACGAAGAAAAGCGCUUCCGGGAAUUCAUACCAGAAGGGGCAGGGCAUUCGCAAAUGCUAUGGGUUGACCAAAGCAAGAGUGUCGGGAUCAAAGUCCGGGUCAGGGGAAGAAACGAUGAACAAUUCACGAGCUAUGAACUGGAUAUCGAAGAAUUGCAUAUACGCUCUGUUCGGUUACUAUUGACGUUGGAGAAAUCACAGGAGGAACAGCAGAAUUAUUACAAAGCUGUAGUUCUUACCCCAAAUAUUAGAUAGAUUGCCCAUCGGCAGACAUGCCAGUGAUAUGCUGUCUUAUCACCAAUCCGAAUGUAUGUAUGAACCUUUCUGUCAAUAGCGUUUCUUCCAAGGUACGCAGAUCGAGCAUUCAUAGGAACAAAGGCC